AUGGCGACUGCUAAAUAUGAAUCUCUUGACUUCACGGAUGCAAUCCAACCGAAAUCCGAAGAGAUAUUUGUACCUGACAAUAAUUGCUUGCAGUUAGAUACUGAGUUUGAUGAACUACAAGACUUAGAAGAAGAAUUUGAAUCGCAAAACUUUGAUGAAUGCACCAAAUAUGAAAUAAUAUCAACAGACAGUCCGAAUAUUAUAUCUGAAGGUAGAACGAGUACCAGAAAAAUCAACUCAAGGCAUUUGUCCUUUGGUGCUCCACUGUCCGAGUCAGAGACAUCAACAUCAUUCAAUAAACCAGCUUCGAGGGUGAUCAAUUUUGAAGAAAGCUUUGAGUUUACUUCACCACCAUUGAAGAAGAAUUUAUCAGUUAAGAAGAGUUUAAAGUUCAACGAGACACCAACGAAGUUGAACUUUGAACAAAGUAGCUCAAGCAUUGGAUCCAUGUCUAUUUCACCGUGCUCCAGCAAGAGGUUUCCUUCGGAGUCCAUGUCGAUGGAAAGCGGAUUUAUUUCUGAGUUGGAGGAGCCAUUUUUGGAUAUGGAGGAGAUUUCAAAUUCACCAAAGAUAUCCAACUUCAAUGAUUUACUUUCCGGACAGAUUAAGGAGAGUUUCACUCAGAAAUUGGGGAAACCACUGCACAGGUAG